CAAGAUAUUGAAUAUAUCGAAGGCGCUGUGCUUAAUUCUUUUAGGUUAUUGCGCUAACGGUGAUUAUAUUCAGCAGAAAACUGUCUAAAUCAUGAGCUACCGUUAUCUACCGUCAUUGAUCCGAAAUGCCCCGCGUUUGAAGACUAGAGGCAUUGAAAUUCUACGAGAUCCACGGACAAAUAAAGUUUGCUUGUGUUUUUUCUCGUUAUCUAAAGAAUUAUUUGUUUUCUUUUUCCUUUUAUUUCUUCACUAUUAGGGUUCGUCAUACAGUUUACAUGAACGUCAACUCCUCGGGAUACACGGACUUCUACCGCCUAGUUGUCAGGGUCAAGAUAUAGAAGAACAACGAAUUAUUUCAAAUCUUUACCAGCUAGAUGAUCACUUGAGUCGUUAUAUGAUGCUUAUGUCAUUACAGGAUCGUAAUGAAAAGCUAUUCUACAAAACUGUUCGAACUCACUUAGAAUAUUGUCUACCGCUUAUCUAUACGCCUACUGUAGGCUCAGCUUGUUUGAAUUUCGGUUUUGUUUUUCGGAGACCACGAGGUCUUUAUGUAACUAUUCGAGAUCGGGGGCAUAUAUUUGCUUUGUUAAACAAUUGGCCAGUUGACACGAUUAAGGCAGUGAUUAUGACUGAUGGUGAACGUAUAUUAGGCUUUGGUGAUUUAGGCGCUAAUGGAAUGGCUAUCCCCCUGAGCAAGGCCAUUCUUUAUGUAGCCUUAGGCGGUGUACAACCACUUCAUUGCUUACCUAUAAUGUUGGAUGUUGGCACGAAUAACGAAAAACUUUUGGAGGAUGAAUUUUAUGUUGGUCUACGAAGAAAACGUGCAACUGGCGAAGAGUAUAUCUCGUUUAUGGAUGAAGUGGUUGAAGCAUUGUCUGCACACUAUGGACCAAAUGUUUGUCUGCAUUUCGCUGACUUUAAAACUUCAAAUGCUUUCCAACUUUUAGAACGAUACCGUUCCAAUUAUAUAACAUUCAAUGAUGAUAUACAAGGUUCUGCUGUGACUGUUGUCUCCGGUCUGAUAACUUCCACAAGAAAGACAGGCAAACGAUUAUCACAGAACGUCUAUCUAUUCUAUGGAAGUGGUGGGGCCAAUGAUGAUGUAGAAUACUCGGCGGCUGCAAUUGGUGUAGCACGAUUGUUAGUCCAAGCAAUCAUGGAAGAGGGUCUUUCCGAAGCUGAAGCUAAAUCACGUAUUUAUAUGAUGGAUUCACAUGGUUUAGUGGUUACAAGUCGUUCUCAAAAUGAACUUACCGGACCGAAGUCAGAAUUUGUUCAUUCUGAUUGCCCUCAAGUCGAUUCAUUACUGGAGGCUGUUCGACUAAUCCGACCAUCUGUUCUGAUUGGAGCUUCUGCGAAACCGGGUGCAUUCACUCGUGAUGUCCUGCGUGAAAUGGCUACAGUUAACAAAAUUCCUGUUAUCUUCGUUCUGAGUAAUCCCUCCAAUUUAGCCGAAUGCAGUGCUCAGCUGGCUUACAAAGCUACUGAAUGGAGGUGCAUUUAUGUUAGUGGUUCGCCGUCUGAUCCAGUUCAAACACCAGAUGGUCGUUUAUUGGUUCCUAGUCAAGGGAAUAAUUGUUAUGUUUUCCCAGGUUUAGUUAAUGCCCUGUCAUUGGCUGUGAUACGUCCACUUACUGAUAAAUUAUUGCUUACAGCAGCUAAGAAAUUGUCUGAAUUGGUUACAGAAGAGGAUUUAAGCAAAGGCAGUGUCUAUCCAUCAAUUGCCAGUCUGGCUAAAGUAUCAAAAGAAAUCUCUUGUGCUGUUAUGGAACAAGCUUUCAAGGAUAAAAUAGCCUAUUAUUCACCAGAACCACAGAACAAAGUAGAAUUUAUUGAAUCACAUUAUUACGAUCAUAGAUAUAUUGAUUUUACACCUGAACAGUAUGUUUGGUAAAUUCUGUUCUGUGUGUGUGUGUGUGGUGUCUGGCUGGGUGAUUUCUGAUUCCAUACAUGUGAUUCUUGUUCUUAUCGCUUUUUGAUAUUUAAUGUUUAUUGGAGUUGUAUUUCUCCCUUUCUCUCUGUCUCUCUAUGCAAAACUGAUUAUUCUUUGUGAUUCUUCUCUUGUCCCACUUUUUGUGAUGCAAUAAAAAUGUGUUGUUUUCGUUAAACAUAAUGCAUAUAUUUUCA